AUGGAGUCUGCGCAAGUCAAAAGCACAGGCGACACAGCAUUCCUACUCGAACAACACACCCCUGAAGCCACUCCAAUCGAAGAGAAGAAGGCGCCCAUGAGCGAAACCAAUCCCAUCGAGGCGGCCAAAGCCCACAUCACCGCUCCCACCACAGAGCCCGCCGAGAAUCACUCGACCGCGACCACCCGCGACACUGCCACCUCGGCGACUAGCGACACUCCCAUCAAGACGACAACCAACGUCUAUCAGGCCGACAACUCCAGUCAGAAGCCCGUCGGUCCGGCGACUACCUCCAGCGACAAAGGCGACACGACAAGCAGCAGCAAGCCCGACGCUAGAAGCAGCUACAGACCCGGCUCCAAGGCCCUUGACCUCCCUCCGCCAGUGACUGCCACCAACCGCAAUUCCGCCAUGAGCGACUCCAGCACUGCCCCGCCGCUGCCCGUGACGACUUCUGCCUCUGGUCUGUCUACUACUGCCCCGCUACCUGUGACGACCUCUGCUUCUCAAGUACCUCUGCCCGUGUGCCCGGAUCCCACCGCUCAUCGCGACACCAGGCUUCAAGAACAGGCCUCGACUGCUGCUCUAUAUGUCACCAAGACUGGCAAAAGCUCAAAGCAGAAGGAAGAUGUUCUCGACGCUAACAACAAGCUUUCGUCGCGCAGUAAGUCUUGUCGACUCUCUAAUCCUCCCUCACUCAAAUUGACCACCUCUAGGUNNGCCGCAGCGUCGCUCAAGUAUGCCAGUCCUCGCGACCUCCCCAGUUACCCUAUCGUUGGAAUCGAGACGACCAACUCCGCCUUUUCCGCUGCCAACUUGGCAAACUCUGGCCACAAGCAAUUUGAACACUGGAAGCCCGACCCGUCUAAGAAUGCGGGAAUCGCAGCAAUGGCAGCAAAGGAUUACAAGAUGGCUCCAUUGUGGAAACCAGAGUUGAGCGCAGCUGGCUCAAAAGCUGCUUUGCUUGCACACAAGGAUGGCCCAAAACUGAACCUCUGGCAGCCUGAGGCUUCGGCUGAAGGAAACUCUGCUGCCGGCAUUGCUAUGAGCAAGGGUAACCUGGGUCCCAAGCUGGACUACGGCUACACUGAGGACGGCCAUAAGAAGGCCCUUAUGGCUGCUACUGGUGCUUUGGGCAAGUCUCAAUCGACCAGAACACCUCCGGUCGAGCAUCCUAGAUACCCCGAUUCUGCCAACUCAGCAUACAACGCACUCAAUGCUGCUACCAUGGCUAACAAACCAUCGAACAAGUCACCUGCCCAACAAGACUCGAAUCGCAUCGAUUCUGACGCCAUGCGCGCUGCUCGUGUUCAAAACAUGGGUCGCAACGUGCCGCGUGAGAUGUUCGGCGGUGCUCCUCCAGUCGACCUGGAGGUCGAAGAGAAGAAGAAGCAGGCCGCUCUUCGUGCUUCUGCAAUUUCAAUGGCCAAGCAAAUGUACGACCAGAGCGAGAAGAGAAGACGCGAUCAGGAGGCCGCCGAAGUCCAGGAACGUCUCGGAACUAGCGCUGCCACCGUCUCGCACAAUCGCGUACCUUCAGCUACCUCGACACAGCCCGAUCUACGCCAGCAGGCUGUGCAAUACAUUCACCUUCAAGAAGCUGCUCAAAAGCUUGCCAACGAGCGUCUUGCAAAGAUGGACCCUGAUGGCGCUGCUCGUUACCGCGCUCACUACGGCUACGAACAACAGUCGCCUCGUAAUCGUUUGUCCCUGCGCAACCGUACUGGCAGAAACCGUGCCGAGAGCAACCCCAAGCCUGUCCAGAACGACGACGAUUCGUCUGAUGACGAGUUCAGAUCGCGUAGAAUCCGCAAUCAGAUGUCCUCUUUGAACAACUCGGUUGCUCAGCAAGACGAGAAGCGCAACCAAGACCGUGCUGCUCUACUUGCCGCCGCUGAGAAGAGAGUGCAAGCUCAGAUGCACACUAUGGACGAGCAAGUCUUCCAACAGACAGGUCAGGUUACACCUGCGAUGAUGGAAGAGUGGGAGGCCAAGGCUCGCGCUCGCGCUACAGCCCAGAGCGAGGACAGGCAGCGCAAUUUCGGUAAGAGAAGAAACGCGCCAGAGACGAAGAAAUUCGUCUUGAUCAAGAACAGNAGAAGACGCACGCAGAUGAGCGAGAAGGAGCGCGAGAAGGAAGUCAAGGCUGAGACAAAGCGUCUAAAGGAUCAAGAAAAAGCCGAAGCAAAGGCCGCCAGAAGAGCUGAAAAGGAAGCCGAGAAGAGUCGCAAGGCUGGGGAGAAGCAAGCCCGCAAAGAAGACCAGCGCAGAUCUAAGGAGGUCAAGAGGGAAACCGAAGAAUCCACAAAGGCUUCUGCCGCUGCCCACGAUGCUGAAAAAUCAGCUACUUCUGGCAGCGCCACAGUCGUUACUGACGAGCACUCCAAAGUCAAGGAUGCCGAAGAGGAUGUCGACACUGACCGUACUCCUGCUGUCGACACUGAGAACGUCGCUACCUCCGACGGCGCUCCUCUUGAGAAGACCGACUCUCCAGACAUGAUGACUAGAAUCACUACUGGCGGUACAGUCCACAGCACUCAGAGUGGCCUUCGUCCAGAGCUUGAUCGUCAUGUUUCUACUGUUGUUAGCUCCAGCUCUUCGAGCGCACGCAGCAGUCUCAGUCUUUCUAGCAUCGAUGAGGAUGAAGACGCGCCAGCUGUGACCAGCGGCACACAAACCGUGACUACCGAUACACAGGCCGUGGACAGCAAGCCUAUACCCUUGUCGGUCCCCGAGGCUUCGGCCAAUGCUAUCGCUCUGCCUCCCGUCGUGGCCACCUCUGGAAACGUCGCCGAAUCGGUGCCUGUUGGCCACAGUGCUCCUGCGACCGCAAAAUCUGUGCCCUUCGAAGGCCGCAAGUCCAGGGGUAUGAGUGGGUUCUUCUCUCGCUUCAACCGCAAAUCCAAGCCCGCUGAGAAGACCCAAUCUUCCAAGACCACCGCUGUCACCCUCCCAGCCACUGAUGCCAAGAAGAGUCUCUCGACCUCUGAGCCAUCGACCACUGGCGUCGCAACAGAGGCUCCCGUCACCAGCGACGCAGUUUCUGACUCGUCGUUCCGCCGCCACGACACGGAUCUUCACAGCAUAUCCUCGGUAUCUAGCGAUGAGCAGUUGCCCACUACACGUCCCACCGCCCGCCGCGGACGCAGCAGCAUCAGUGCCAUCAGCGGCGAUGAAGACGAGUUCGAAGAGGCUCGCGAUCACUUUGACGAAACCCUUGCUCCCCCACCUACCUUUGGUGGACAGCAAAAGACUCAGAGUCCGGCUCGCGAGACCAAGUUCCAAGAGGAGUUUUAG